AUGGGUGAUUUUCUUGCCCGUUUGCCUGCUGACAUGAAUGCCGGUGGUGCUCCGACAAAUGUCCCGAUAACUGACGGUCCGUCCCGGCCUUGCCGUCCGUCCGAUCCUAGUGGGGGGCGGUUUGAGUGGAGCUCCUUCCGGUACCGUGCCGGUUCGGGUUUCCCCUUUAAAAACUUCUUCCUAACCAUCGAUGUCCGCGAAUCCUCCGCGGCCGUCUCACCUUCCCCCGUUGUAGCUUCUUCCCCCGAGGCCCCCAUCAUCAUUGCUGCCGAUCGUGCCAACACUCGGUUCCUUUCAUGGACCAGCACACUCGAGGGAGGGAGAGCCGAGGUCCUCGGGAGGAACACACCGAGUACAUCCCCGAGGAGGUUUCAAGAUGGGCGGCCACAAUCACCGCCCAAGUUUGAGCGGGAGAACUGGGGCGUGAGCACCCCCAGCAACACCAACUCCAACCACCAGACCAGCAACGGCAGCAACGGCAGCAACGGAAACAACAACCACAACCGCUACAGCGGCAACGGAAACAACAAUAACACCGCCAAUAACAUUGGCGAAGCCACGGACGAGGACGAGAUUGAGGACGAGACGGCCCCUAUUCCCGCCUCAAUUCUCGCAGCCGCCGUCCGUUACAACGCCCGCCCUCCGCCUCCCCCCGCCAAACCACCCCAUCUGGGGCACCGCCGGCAUCAUGCACGGCAUAUACCUCCAGCGAGGCGUCCACCGCCGCUCCUACGCACUCGACCCGCGAUAUACCCACCAGCGCCGACCCGCCGACGUCUUCGGCGCCAACGGCCUCACACCAGGCGACUGGUGGCCCCUACAAAUCGCCGCCUUCUUUGCCGGGGCCCACGGGUCGCACAUCAAGGGCCAUUUUCGGCUCGCCCACGGCAGGUGCAUAUUCCGUCGUCGUCUCGGGCGCCGCCGCGGCCUACCACGGGCAGAACGGGGACCGGGCACCAGGGCACGGUGGUGUACUACAGCUGCGGACCAGCCGCCGCGCGCAACGACCGUGGCGGCGCCAGUCGGCACGAGACGCGCGCAUUGAUGCGGUCGGAGCGCGACGCGUCGUGCCGGUGCGGGUGCUGCGCAGCGACGGGCCGCCACGGCCGCGAGUGGGGCCCCCGCCGUCGGCAUCCGCUACGACGGCUUGUCAUGUGGUGGAUGGCCCGGUCGCGGGUGCCCAAUGGCCUUGGGCGGGGCAUUUUCUGGAGGUUUGUGCUGCGCCGUGUGGCCGGGGCAGACGCCCACGCUGGAUCCAGCUGCGUGUGGCCGAUGCCGUCGGAACCAGCAGAGUAA